AUGAAGGCUUCUCGACGACUAUAUCUGUGGCAAAUGCGUAUACCAUCAUUAUUGUCUGAAAGAGACGUUAAAGGCGCCUUUCGGGUCGCUCAAAGGGUCAAAGCAACGGGUGAAAAACCUUUAUAUUCGACAUAUCUCUCCCUUCUACAGGGUAUUGAUCAGCCAUACCAAGGCAGCACUGCUGCAAAGUUGUUUUGCGAAGUCGAAGACGAACCGUCAAUGUGUUCGAAUUCGAAGAGUUCCAAAGGAAAAGCUAUUUGGAUGGCAUUUUUGAACGCCAUAAAAUCUCUGGGCGAUCUUUCACAUGUGAUGGUCGUUGGACCUUCCAUGCUGGUCUCACAUUGUCUAGCCAAACUUCAUAUCCUUCUAAACAACGAUUGUCUCAAUCAGGCUUUAGAUAUGUGGUGGAGUUCUCCUACUUAUGACUCAGCGAUCAUUCUGAAAUUUAUCGCCCGAUUAUUAACAGUUGAAAACACAUCAGAACUCCAUUGCUUGCUCAAUCAUUUGAAAGACAAGAAUCACAGACUACAAGCUCAUCAAUGGACCUCGAUAUUAGAGCUCGGCUUGAGGAAAUGUCAUUAUGGAUUGGUAAAGUUGUGGUUUGAUAAUUAUCUUGGUCCUGGAGAGGCCAUCACCACAUCUACAAUGGUUUUGCAAGGUUUUAAAGCUCCUGAUAUGACUGAUGGUAUGUUGGAGAGAAUUCUUCAGUGCUUCUCUCUUCAUGGCGACGUUGAAUCUGUGAUACGAGUUGUGGAGACUUACUUCAUACACAAACAGGCCAAGGGUGAACUUGGUUUGACAACUCAUGUGAGGUCGUAUAUCAUCGGUGCCUAUUGUUAUCACAAAGAGGAAAAGUCUUUCAAGUCCGUUAUGAAUGCAAUAGUGACCCUCUCUGGGGGGAACACGCACUUGACCUAUCGUGACGUAUUUCAACAUUUGAGUCAUAAAUUCCACCAUUAUCGCGAAGUCUCAGAUAACGUUGCCUUGCUGAAAAUACAUGAAAGAAUGGCCACUGAUACAAUUCGCUUUUCGUGUGAAGAACCCGUUUGGAAGAAGGGCAGUAAUACAGUAAGGGGUAAUGCCUUGAAUAACAUGGCUGUACUAGAAAGUGUUACGAUGGAAAUAUUUACCUACAUGAAGGAUAAAGAUAUAAAGGCAAUUCGCAUUAUUCUCAACUGCCUACUACUCCACCUAGCAGAAUAUCAAAACUUUUCGGCUAUCGUUAAAGUCCUAUCAGUACUUCACCAGAUGAAUUCAAAUUUCAUCGAUUGGCUUGAUAUCGAUUCGUGGGAUAUCAUGUAUAUGCUGGCGGGCAAUCUGGGAGCCAAAUUGUGUUGUUUGGCAUUAUCAAAAGUCUCUCCUGGGCCGUUAUCUUCCAAGCAAUUAGAGAAUUGUUUAAUCUCGAGCCUUCGGGGUGAGAUACUUCAAGGUCUUCAAUUUUGGAUAUACCAGUAUUUACUGGUAUAUCAAGUGAAUGACAGAUUACAAGAUAUCAUUGCUAACAUUGCUUCUGAAAGUAAGUUUGACGACGAAGGCACGAAUGCUCUAUUCCGUUGUAUCAAAAAGGGAGAUGUUCCUCACAAUUUAGAUGAUUUUUGGACAGCUAACAAUCUCAAUAAGGACGAAUGCCGUGUUGGAUUGAUCGAUGAUUCUAAUAAUCCUCGUAAAUACUUUGCAGAGUAUGACAAGAGAGAUUACGAAAGUUUACAUUUCAUAUUCAAUAGACAUUUGUAA